UAGUGUAUGCAGCUUUGAAUGUAAAUGAUAUGUACUUUAGUAUCUCUUAUCGCUCAAUGAAUAAUUAACUCAACAUUAGGACAAAAGAUUAUACAUUUUUUAACAGAAGAAUACCAUCCAAUACUAAUAGUCAAUAAUAAUAAUAAUAAUAAAAGUGGUAAUGUAGAUGAAGAUGGAUGAUGAAAGCAGCACUAGGGGCCAUUGCUUUGCUUUUCUUCUACUUCCCUUCUUAUACCUUGUUUGUUUCAUUUCAUUUCAUUUCAUUCUCGUUAUGAACUGUUUUCCUUUUGGCGGGAGAUGGACCCCACUACUCAAAAUCUCGUCUUUCCUAAGUCUCUUUCUCAUAAAUACUACUUCCACCCAAGUCCCAACCACUCUUUCUUCUUCUUCUUCCUUCUCUCACUGCACCAACUUCAGCAACUUCAACUGUACACAAAAACCAAACACUUCUCACUUCUCUCUCUCCUUUUCCUUCUUCUCUGGACGAACAACAAAAAAAUAUAUUAUCAAAAUUCCAAUUUUGACCCUUUCUGAUGAUGAAGAAGAAGACUGUUUUUUCAUUGCUAACGGUCUUUUUCUUCAUCUCACAGUCUCUGAAACUCGCUCUCUCUCUAACCCCAGAUGGACUCUCUCUCCUCUCCCUUAAAUCCGCCGUUGAUCAGAAAUCGGCCGGCGAAGCUUUCUCCGACUGGAACGAGGAUGACCCAACACCCUGUCACUGGUCCGGCAUUUCCUGCAUGAACGUUUCUGGUUUUCCCGACCCUCGUGUUGUCGGAAUUGCCAUUUCAGGGAAGAAUCUCCGGGGGUAUAUUCCUUCGGAGCUUGGUAAUCUUGUUUAUCUCCGGCGACUCAACCUUCAUAGCAAUAAAUUUUACGGUUCUGUACCUGUACAGCUCUUUAACGCGACUUCUCUACAUAGCAUAUUUCUCUACGGUAACAACCUUUCGGGUCCGGUUCCUCCUUCGAUCUGUACUCUCCCAAGGAUUCAAAACCUUGAUCUCUCUAACAAUUCGAUCACUGGAGAGAUUCCGGAAGAGUUGAAGAAAUGUACGCAGUUGCAGAGACUGAUACUGGCCCGGAACAAAAUCUCCGGCAAAAUUCCGUCGGGAAUUUGGUCAGGAAUGGAAGAUUUAAUCCAACUCGACCUCUCUUCGAACGAGUUAACAGGUCCGAUCCCGGAAGAUAUAGGCGAGAUCAAGUCUCUUACGGGUACUCUGAAUCUCUCUUUCAAUCAUUUAUCUGGAAAGCUCCCAAAAUCGCUAGGCGAAUUGACUGUAACUGUGAGUUUCGAUCUUCGUAACAACAAUUUCAGCGGCGAAAUACCUCAAACGGGGUCGUUUUCGAACCAAGGUCCUACUGCGUUUCUCAACAACCCUAAAUUAUGUGGGUUUCCACUCCAAAAGGCUUGCCGAGACACAUCUGAAAGCUCCUCCGGGAGUUCAAAUUCCGGCAGAGAAUCCAAUUCCGGACCCAAAAAGGGUCUCAGUCCUGGUCUAAUAAUCCUAAUCUCGUUGGCCGAUGCAGCAGGAGUGGCAUUCAUUGGUCUGAUAAUCGUUUACAUUUACUGGAAAAAGAAGGACAAUUCCAACGGUUGUAGUUGCACAGGGAAAAGAAAAUUCGGUGAUAAUAAUGAGAAAACCCAACUCUGUUCUUGUCUUUGCUCUAAUGGGUUUGGGAAUGAGGAGUCAGAAAUGGAAGAUCCUGAGAAAUCUGAGAGUGGAAGAGGUGGUAGUGGUAAUGGCGGUGGUGAUCUUGUGGCCAUUGACAAAGGGUUUACAUUUGAGCUUGAUGAGCUUCUUAGAGCUUCUGCUUAUGUAUUGGGGAAGAGUGGUUUGGGGAUUGUGUAUAAGGUUGUGCUUGGGAAUGGGAUUCCUGUGGCAGUGAGGAGAUUGGGUGAGGGUGGUGACCAGAGGUAUAAGGAAUUUGCAGCUGAAGUUCAGGCCAUUGGGAAAGUCAAACACCCAAAUAUUGUUAAGUUAAGAGCUUAUUAUUGGGCUCUUGAUGAGAAACUUCUUAUCAGUGAUUUCAUCUCUAAUGGUAACUUGGGCACUGCUCUUCGUGGAAAAAGUGGUCAACCAUUGACGAGUCUGUCAUGGUCCACAAGGCUCAGAAUCGCAAAGGGAACAGCUCGAGGCUUGGCUUACCUUCACGAGUGCAGCCCAAGAAAAUUCGUCCAUGGCAAUAUCAAACCCUCUAACAUACUCCUCGACAACGAAUUUCAACCCCACAUCUCAGAUUUCGGGCUCAACAGACUCAUCAGUAUAACCGGAAACAACCCUUCCUCCGGCGGAUUCAUCGGCGGAGCUCUGCCUUACUUGCAGUCCGUACAAACCGAGAAAAGCAACAAUUACAGAGCCCCUGAGGCUCGAGUCACCGGAAGCAGACCGACCCAGAAGUGGGAUGUCUAUUCAUUCGGAGUAGUGUUGCUUGAACUUCUGACCGGGAAAUCGCCGGAGCUUUCUCCGACCACAUCUACUUCGGUGGAGAUUCCGGAUCUUGUGAGGUGGGUGAGAAAAGGGUUCGAAGAGGAGACCCCACUUUCGGAUAUGGUUGAUCCGGUGUUGCUCCAAGAGGUUCAUGCGAAGAAGGAAGUCAUUGCAGCAUUUCAUGUUGCUCUGGCUUGUACGGAAGCAGACCCUGAGAUUCGGCCUAGGAUGAAAACUGUCUCAGAAAAUAUUGAAAGGGUUGGAUAGUAAUUUACAUUAUAUAUAUAUAUAUGAGCUUCGUAUAAUUAAGUUUGGAAGUUCUAAAGAAAAAAAAAUUGAGAGGGCAUUCAAUUAAUUGAUCAGCAAUAUUUUGAUUGGUUUUGGUAGCUUUUUGAUUGAGAAUCAUGAAGAUAUAUAAUUCUUUUGAAAAAUGGAUGCCUAACAAAACCAACCAACCAUAAAAUUCUUUUUUUUGUGUUUAGUUAGGUGUAGUUUGUUUUUGUAAUUUAAGUUUUUAUAGAAUGGAUCGCAAGAAUGUGUUUGUAAUAAUUUACUUUUGAGUAACAUAAAUUGGGUCAAUUUCCCUUUUUGUUCC